CACAAAGGGCCUGAGAGCUGGCAUGAGGCAGGGCUGUGAUGUCCCACAGUUGUCCUGGCCACAACACUGUGACAUCAUUGUGUUGUCGCUGUAUAACACGGACAGUUCUCCCAGCUCCCCUGGACUCCCAGACUUCAACAAUAAGGGUACAAGCCUGACCAUUGACGUGGCCAGGGAAAGCCCAGAAGUCCAAGUGGGAGCCCAGCCCAAUCCAGGGGAGCCUUCUCAGGAGCUGCUGGCAAAGCAGCAAGCAUCCUGGGAGCAGCAGUUGUCAUCCCACUGCUCCCAGAACUCUGGGCAAGUUGUGCCAGCUGCCAACAGCCCAAGCCUGGUGGUGGAGACGACCCUCAAGACACCAAGGAGGUUCCUCCAUCUCCAGGAAGCUGCCCCAAGAAAGCCCUUGACUACCACAAAGGCCUUUCUAAGAGCAGCUGCUCCUGGGACCCCCCUGUGCAAAGCCUUGGGCUGUAGCCCCGGCCGUUCUCAACAGCAGAGUCCAGCCCACAACGCCGGGGACAGUGACAGUGAUGGUGCCAUCCAGCCACACUGCACUCCGGCUCCUGCAGCCUCUGCGUGCUCUGCUGUGCCAGCUCUGCUGCUCAACAGCCUGACGGCUGCAAGGCAGUGGCCACUGCUCGGCAGGCAGCAGGAAGCAGAGCAAAAGAAGAAGCUGCAGGAGCUGUACCAGCUGGGUCCGCAGCUGGGGAGUGGUGGAUUUGGCACCGUGUUCUCAGGCAUCCGCCUCUCGGAUGGGAGCCCUGUGGCUAUCAAACGCGUGGCUCGGGACAGCGUCCUGCAGUGGGACGAGCUGCCCGAUGGCACCCGUGUUCCCGUGGAGAUCGUGCUCUUGGAGAAGGUGGGCUCUGGCUGCCACAACAUCAUCCAGCUCCUGGACUGGUUUGAGCUGCCUGACAGCUUCCUGCUGGUGAUGGAGCGUCCGGAGCCAUCGCAGGAUCUCCUGCACUUCCUGCUGGAGCAGGGGUUCCUGUGUGAGGAGAUGGCACGCUGGCUUUUCUGCCAGGUGCUGGAGGCCGUGCGGCACUGCACUGCCUGCGGCGUCCUGCACCGAGACAUCAAGCCAGAGAACCUCCUCCUGGACCUGGAGAGCGGCCACCUGAAGCUCAUUGACUUCGGUUGCGGCACCUUUCUCCAGGAGCGCGCCUUCACGCAAUUUGCUGGAACACGCGCGUACAGCCCACCCGAGUGGAUUCACCUUGGCUGCUACCAUGGCCAUUCAGCGACCAUCUGGUCCCUGGGCGUGCUGCUGUAUGUCAUGGUCUGUGGAAACCAUCCCUUCCAGGAGGACCGUGACAUCAUGUUCGGGCAGCCCUUCUUCAGGCAGCAAGUCUCUCCAGAGUGCCAACAUCUGAUCCGCUGGUGUUUGUCCAAGCACCCCGCGGACAGGCCAGAGCUGGAGGAGAUCUUGCGCCACUGGAGGAGAUCUUGCGCCACCCUUGGAGAAGCUGCCUGUUCAGAUGCCAUCAUCCUCCAUUACAUGGAUGACAUCCUGGUUUGUGCUGCUGACGACGACUGUCUGCACCGGACUUUACAAAAAACUAUCCAGACAAUUGAGGACGCGGGGUUUGAAAUCCGUGAAGACAAGAUCCAGCACACCUGCCCUUGGACCUACCUGGGACUGCGGAUUCGUGAGCGGACCGUCGUACCCCAGCAGCUGACCAUCAGAGACGACCCCAAGAUCCUGCGGGACUUACAUCAGCUCUGCAGGUCCAUCAACUGGGUACGCCCUCAGCUUGGGGUAACGACGGAAGUCCUUGCGCCCCUAUUCAACCUGCUCCAUGGCAGCGAGGCCCUCGGUUCACCACGCUCCCUCACGCUGGAGGCCCGGGAAUCCAUCACCAAGGUCCAGGAGGUCCUGUCUUCAUGGUCCAGAAAAACAGUAGUCCACCGCAACCUGGAAACAGAGACGUUGUUGGAGUCCACCGAACUGACCUGCCACCAGACCAACAACCAGACAGAAGCCAAACCGUCCUGCUACCAGGGCCGCAACAAGACAACAGCCAACGUCACGCUUGUCACCAUGACAUUACACAAGUCUUCUUAA